AUGUGGAUUCUUGAACAACUUGCCCGCGUCCUUGAUCGGCCGCUCUUCCCAUGGAAGAACGUGCUCGUGGGGUUCUCUGUGGGCCAGUUCCUUCUUGAGAACAUCCUCUCAUUCCGUCAGUACAAGUACCUGCAGCGUAAGACAAUCCCAAAGGUGCUUGAAGAAGAGGUCUCUGAAAAGGUCUUCGAUCAGAGUCAGGCAUACGGUCGCGCAAAGGCCAAGUUUUCUUUCAUUUCGGGUCUCUACGGUCAAAUUCAAAAUCUCGCAUUCAUCUACGGUGACAUUCUGCCCAAGCUAUGGAGCGUCAGUGGCGUUCUGCUGGCGCAGUACUUGCCCAGUAAGUUCCAAGGUGAAAUCACUCAGACUCUGGUCUUCGUUUUCGGGUUUAGCCUUAUUUCAACAAUCAUUUCCCUGCCGGUUUCGUACUACAGUACCUUCGUCCUCGAGGAGAAAUUUGGGUUCAACAAGCAGACGGUCAAGCUCUGGGUGACGGAUAUCAUCAAAGGCCAGAUUCUGGGAAUUGUUCUCGGAGCUCCCAUUAUUAGUGGGCUACUCACAAUCGUCCAGAAGACUGGUCACUCCUUCUUCUACUAUCUGUGGCUUUUCGGUAUCGUCGUCCAGGUCUUUGCAAUCACCAUCUACCCUAUCGUGAUCCUACCUCUGUUCAACAAACUGUCUCCUCUGGAACCUGGUGCUCUCAAGACCGGCGUUGAAGAUCUUGCCAAGAAGCUGAAGUUCCCACUCUCAGAGCUCCAUGUCAUUGAUGGUAGCAAGCGCAGUUCUCACAGCAACGCUUACUUCUAUGGUCUACCAUGGAAGAAGCACAUUGUCAUUUAUGAUACCCUCAUUGAAAAGAGCGAGCCACAGGAGGUUGUCGCUGUCCUGAGCCAUGAACUUGGCCACUGGAGUCUGAGCCACACCACCAAGCUCUUUGGUAUUGCACAGGCCCACAUGUUCUAUAUCUUUGCCCUUUUCUCGGUCUUCGUCAACAACAAGUCUCUUUACCAGUCCUUCGGCUUCCUGAAGGAACAGCCCAUCAUGAUUGGAUUCCUUUUGUUUUCAGACGCUCUGGCCCCCAUGGACGCCGUCGUUAAGCUUUUGAUGAACAUUCUGAGCCGCAAGUUUGAGUUUGAAGCUGAUGCUUUCGCCCAGGGUCUUGGAUACUCAGAUGAGCUUGCUUCCGCGCUUGUUAAGCUGCAGAUUCAGAAUCUGAGCACCAUGGAUGCUGACUGGAUGUACGCCAGCUACCAUUUCUCGCACCCUAUUCUCACCGAGCGUCUUGGUGCGCUUGGAUGGAAGGGCGGAAAGGUCACCGAUCUCAAGGAUGAAGACAGCAAGGUGUCCAGCGAGACCAAGGCCACUGGCCGCGAACUUUAA